CCGGUGUUCUCAAUGGCUGCUGGAACGUAAACAUUCCUCCAUUCCUCCUGUGCUGCUGUAGGUUAGCUUAAACCCGACUUACUGUAAUAUAUCACUGUAGCAUGUUUUUGUUUCCAGCAUUGAGUCAGCUCCUGGUAGCUACCCGGUCACCUGUUAGCUUUGUUAGCAGCUAAUGACCGUCGGUAUGCCUCGGAAAAGGAAAAACGGCCAAAGCCCGGCCAGGCAGCCCGCUGGGCCACCAGAAAGACACAACACCACCAGUCACCCGCUGCCUCAAGCAUACCACCUCGGUAUGACGAGCAACUUCCAGACCAGCAGCGCCGAGAAGGAGAGGGUCGUUAAAAGCAUGCAGGAGAUGUUUUCACACCUGGACCCAGAUGUUAUACACAUUGUGCUUUCUGAAUGCGACUUUAAAGUUGAAAAUGCAAUGGACUCCCUUCUGGAGCUGUCUAGAGCUGCUGAGGUGGUGACCCCGAAUCCUCCACCUGUUUCUGGCUUUGAGCGCACUGCUGCAGCCUUGCUCAGCCCUCGUCACUGUUCUGGACCUAAACCGGAAGCAGGCUUGUCCAGUCCACUGCAGCAGUCUUCCUCUCAUCCUCUGUCCACCAGCCUCCUGACAGAAGAGCUGGAUCUGCUUGUUGAUCAAGAACUGAGGACACUAGCCACACAGCAGGAUGUUAUGCAGGAGCAGCACGGUAGCAUGUUUUUAUGUGCUGAAGCAGCGUUCUCCUCUUUCCCUCCACUGCCCAUCCCUCAGCAGAAACUCCCAGAACUGCUUCAGACCAGCCUAGAGGCUGGAUCUAGUGAGCAUUUUGGCAAUCAGCCAACACUAUCGGGGGGUGUGGUGGAACCUUUGUCUGGAGUUUCCUCUCCUCUCAACCAGCUCAGCACCUGGGAGCAUCAGAUCCCUGAGAUGCAAAAUGACAUACUGGAUUUCACCCACUUGAUGACAGAAACCUCUUCAGAUAACUCAAAGCCUCCUUUGGACCUGGUAGCCUCAGGACGCCCUUCAGCAUUUCAGGUGUAUAAAAAACAGGAUUCGUCCUCUGAGAGGACUGAACCCAACGACUCAGUCAGUGGAACAAGAUCUCAAGAGAACGAAUCCUCCCAUCUACACAGCCAUAGGUCAGUACCCUGGAACUUGGCACCGCCAGUGUUUUCUCCCCAUUUCCAUGGAAACAAGAGGCCGACCUUCAUCACCCCUGUUGCUCAGACAUCCUCCGUUUGGUUUGGUCAUAUGAGACAUGCCUCCACAUGGCUGAAUCAGGGUCCUGUCAGUCAGCCGCCUCUCAGACCUGCUGCUGCUGUUCCGAGGUCCUGGGUCCUGCCGACUGCUCCACAGACUACCUCCCACUCCAGCAGGCUGCAUUUGCAAGGGAAGCUGCUUGUGCUGCUUCGUGGUGCUCCAGGAUCUGGAAAGUCAACUCUGGCGAGAGCCAUGUUGGAGCAAAACCCAGAUGGAGUUGUACUAAGCACCGAUGACUACUUCACCAUUGGGGGACAAUACCAGUUUAACCCCAUGGUUCUGGGAGAGGCCCAUGAGUGGAAUCAUAAACGAGCUAUGGAGGCUUUUCAGAGGGGCGCCAACCCCAUCAUCAUCGACAACACCAACAUGCAGGGCUGGGAGAUGAAACCCUACGUGGCUCAGGCUCUGAGACACGGAUACAAAGUGCUGUUCAGAGAGCCAGAUACCUGGUGGAAGAACAAGCCCGGAGAACUGGAGAGGCGUUCCAUCCACAACAUUCCAGUGGAAACGAUCUGCCGCAUGCUGAACGGAUACGAGCGCUUCGUCACAGUCCAGUCCAUCAUGGGCUCUCACAUGCCUGAGUUUAAACAGCGCCCUCUUCAGGAGACCAGGAGCCCCCUCUCAGUUAACCCCGACCUCGUGGGUCAACCUGGACUGAUGGAGCAACAUAAAAAACCUCAGCUGUUUUCCUCCCUUCCUGAUGUUUCGUCUCUCAGUUGCUCCGGAGAGUUUGGAAGACGCGAGGACACCAGCUGCAGAUCCACAGAGUCCCUCAACCACCAGGAAAAGCCUUCCAGCUCGCCUGAUGGUUCUGAUGUGGAUAAUGUCACAGAUUUGGGUGACUUAGAUGCUCAUCUGGACUUCCAGUUAGAGCAGCACCUCCCAGAAGGAGACCAGAGAAUUCCAGACUGCAUUGUGGAGUCGGUGAUGAGUGAAGGGGAUGAGAUGAAUGUGGCGUUCUCUGCAUCUAUUGGACAAAGGGUGAGGAGGGAAAGGGCGAGCAGGAGGUCUGAUUUUGACAUGCAGGAGCCUGUAGAUCUUGUGAAAGACGCUGACCGAUCAGACCGACAGAACUCCAAGGAUGAGGAAUCAGAAGAUGGUGAGGCGACAAGGCGUGAAAAGGAGGAGGAAGUGCAUAAGACGUUUCAUUUCGUUGGAGACUGGCCUACUGAAGGGACUCUUAAGCAGCGACAAGUGAGGAGAAGAGAGAGGCAGGUAAAGGAAAGCGAGGAGGGAGGAGCCAUUGAUGAUGACAACAAAAAGGGAGUGAUGCCAGGGCCAGAUGUAACUGAGUUUCAGAAGCUUCUUGAUCUUAUUCAAACUGGUGAGGUCCCAGUUCAGAUGAGCUCUUCGCCCUCUCAGUCUCUUUCUCCUUGCUCUGGAGCAGACUCCGAUGAAGAAGAUGAGCAAGAUGGCAGCAAGUCCAGCAGCAAGGGUGAAUUACCGGAUUGUGUCCAAGACUGGAAGGCAGCGGACUCGUCUGUCAGCGUGGAUUUAAGAGCUGAUGAAUGGCAGAGAGUUCAAACAGAUGAUUUAGUGAGUAGUAUCAGUGAAGGGGAUGGUGGAGAACUGGUUGUGUUCAAAUCAGAUGAUUCCAACUUAACCGGCGCUUGCAGCAGUAAAGAGGGAGACUCCAGUACACCUGAUCAGGUCAGCACGGAUGUGGAUCUGAAAGAUUCUGCAGAAAAUGGCAAAGAGUCUGCAGCGGAGGCUGAUGGAAGUCUUGUCAGCGAGACGUGCGAGAGUCCGGCGUGCAAGGGCUUAUCAGAAACACAAAGUUCUGGAGGCAGUCUGGAGAGAAAGCAGCGACAAGGUCGUAGGUCAGGGAAACCGUGUAAACUUGCCCUCACAUUCACUCAGAAUUGUCCUACUUCUUUACCGACUGAGCUGAUCCAUCCAAACGCUACAACUGAACCCAUAGAUGACAACACCAACAAGGUUAACCCAGAAGUCUGUGUGUGUAGUCCUGAUUGUGACAGCAGUCUUAAUCAUAGACCAGAUCUGGACCUGCUGUCCCGGCCUAACUCUGAGGAACUCUCACAGCUGCUGGCUCCUUUGGCUCUGGUGGGAACGAGCUGCUGCACGCAAACAGAACCUCGGGACUUUGCUCUUCUCUGGCGCCUGAAUCGAUGCGCCCCCUCUGACAGUUCAGCUGUCGCUGUGAGCAGACACUCCAGUGACGUCACUGUCCUAGAGGGCCACGCUUCUUGUUUUGAGCCGCAGCCCGGCCCCAUGGCUUCUGCAGCAGCUGCCAGUCAGGUUCCCUACCGUGUAGUGCACGAGAGAGGCACUCAGGUGGAGGAGAAGGAGCUCGGGGUGACUCAGGACCAGAUUGGGAACUUGCAAAUUCUGAAUCGUCAUUUUAAGCUCGUUAGAUUUGACACACUGGAGGAUUUGUAUGACAAAUGCCAUCAGGACUUAGACUGGACCACCAACCUCCUGCUGGACUCUGGAGAGAGGUUCUUCAGGGAAGAAGAUGCUGAGGAGGAGGAGGAGGUGCAUAUUGCAGCUGGUGUAGACCAGCAUACAGCUAGUUGGUUAUGUGAGAGUUUUGAUACAUCAAAUCAAGAAACUGAGACUGAAGGUGAUGGUCAGACGUCAGCCUGUGGGACAGAAAACAAAACAGAUUCUUCUCUUCCAGUAGCAGACGAGCAGCGCUCAAAUGCAGCUUCUGGUGUGGAAACAUCUACUCCAUUAGAGCUUUUCCUUCCUGAAGCAGAAAAUGGUUUCCAACUAAAACCUAGCCAGGAAGGAGGAGCUUGGAGUGGGACUGCGAAACAGGAGGAUCCCCCCAAUGAGCCGAGGGUUGAUGUUCAGGACGAGAUGGCCAGCAUAGAUGAGAUCAAUCGGCUGCUGCAGGCUGAGCUAGAAGACAUAGAGAGGGAGGAAAAACAGAGGAAGGAGCAGAGGUGCAGCCAACAUCUGGAUAUUCAGUCAGUGGAGCUCACCCUUCCCACCGAGCUGGCGCUACAGCUAGCAGAACUCUUUGGGCCUGUUGGGGUCGACCCAGGCUCAUGCUCUGCAGAUAAUUUUGCGGUGCAGAUGGACCUGAAUCUGGCUAAACAGCUUCACCAAAAGUGGAAGGAAACCAUCCAGGAAAGACAAAGACAAGAAACUCUUUCUUUUCACUUACUUCAGCAAAUGAGCAGAGGGCAGUCCCAGGUAACCAAACACGGACCACAUGAGUCGACACACCCAGCUACUUUCCUCACCAGUAAAGACGGAGAUGCGCCAGGGGUCAGCCAGCCAGAUCCCUGUGGUCAGAUGCCCUUCAUGGACCACUGGAAUGUGUCCCAUCCACACGUCUCUCUUAGAGAGAUUAUAAAAGAGGAACAGGCUCUGCAGGAGAAUGUGCAGAAGACAAGACAGAGUCGUUGUGAUCUUGACCGUCGGGAUGGAGCCACGUUGUUGAAGGAGAAGCAGCUGUACUCGCUCUUCCCCACCAUCGACAGGCAUUUUCUCCAGGACAUCUUCAGAGAUCACAAUUACAACCUCAUCCAGACAGAGACGUUUAUCCGCUCUCUACUGAACGAGGAACCUGUGAAGACCGUAGUUGCUCCUGAAGCUCCUCGGUCCGACCCCCCCAGAGCAGCCAGCAAGGAUAGAGAGAAGAGGCAGAAGCUGGAGGAGUUAUCCGUAGUCAACUAUCAGGACACCGACGACCCGGAAUAUGAAGACUUCAGGGCCGAGGCCAACCUUCAGAGGAGGCGACAGCUCGAAAGUUUUGCCAAAGCCGCAGAGGCCUACAAACAGGGGCGCAAAGAAGUAGCCUCAUUUUAUGCUCAACAGGGACACUUACAUGGCCAGCGCAUGCGUGAAGCCAACUACCGAGCAGCUGUUCAGAUCUUUGAGAGGGUCAACUCAUCGCUGCUGCCCAGAAACAUCCUGGACCUCCACGGCCUGCACGUGGACGAAGCCCUGGAACAUCUGGCUCAGGUCUUACAGGACAAAACAGCAGAUUGUGAGCAGGGUCUGUGUCAGCCCCAGCUGUCUGUCAUCACAGGAAGAGGGAACCACAGCCAGGGGGGAGUGGCCCGCAUCCGGCCUGCCGUUAUAGACUACCUCACCAACAACCACUACAGGUUCACUGAGCCAAAGCCAGGCCUCGUGUUGGUCUCUUUGAAGUGAAAAGCCCUCGUGUAUGCUGCUGGUGCCGCUGAGAUCAUUUCUUCACCUCCUGCUCCUCCAUUUAAAGAAAUGUACAUAUAUUUUUUACAGUGUGCAUAAAAUCAGUCAUUCUCUUUUAGUGUUUGGUUUUUACUCCCUCUCAUCUUCAUCUCUGCUACUGAUAAUUACAUAUGUGGUUAUGUUUGACAUUAAUUAUUUAAUUCUGUCCACAUAAUUUAUUGCAUUUGUAUGAAGCACAUAUGAAGUACUUUUUACAUACUUAAACAAACAUUUUAUCUCUAAAAUAGUUUUAAAAUGUGUAUCAGCCUUUAUGUGUUUCACAGUGGUUAGCUGGCGGAGUUAUUUGUGCUUUGAACAUUUCUCCAUCUGAAGUCUUGCUUCACUCAGGGUGUACGUAUCUGUUUGAGCCAUGCUGACUCCAUGCAGAUUUUAACAUAUUUUUGAGAUGCAGUGAAUGCACCACCUUAGAUGAUCGAGAUCUGGUUAUCUCAGACUUUAGGUGAUGAGUGUGUCAGUCACCACAACCUGAGGUCAAAGGUCAUCGUAAAGGUUAAACAACCUCAUUUAACAGACUGAGCAGCCUUUACUGUCCUUCUGUAGGGACUGCCCUCCUUCUCUCAACAGCUGCCUCCUUAGUGUAGGACUUUAGUCGAAUUAGUGUUAUUUAGUUGAAUACAGAGCUAACUCUAGCUGGUAAUACAGGUGUUAAAUCUCAGGUGAGGUAUGUUGAGUGUUUUUCUCUUUUAAGGCCAGUGGAUUGGUUGCAGCUUUAAAAACAAUAAAAAGCAGAUUGUGCCAAAAUUUGUAGUACUUGUUUUCCAAAGACCACUGCAGGAGUUUUAUGCAUUUAAAAUAAAAAAAAAUCAUUUACUUUUGUGAUAUUUUUUCCACAAAGGUUUGAUUAUCCAAUAUUUUUAAAGCAUACUAGGUAUAUAGGAGAAAAAUGUGUGUUUUUAAUCUGCUUUGUUUAUAUGAUUUUUACAGAGAUCCUUAUAAUGUAAAAUAAAAGUAUUUGUUAACAUUUUGU